AUGAGCGCGCCCUUCUUCUUCUUCUUCUUCUCCUUCCAAACUCUCUCCUCUUCCCACCUCUCUCUUCAUAUCACCCGCUCCGCUCUCUCCCACUCCUUCACUUCGUUCCACCUCUCUCACACCCCAUUAACGCUGCGCUCUCGCUUAAGACACCUCUCUCGCGCCGGAGACCACCUCGGCCUCCUUUCUCUCUUCGCUCGCGCGCGCCGCGAACGAGCUGUGGACCCCGACAGGCCCAUUUACCUCUCCCUCCUCAAAUCCUCCGCCGCGCUCCCGUCCCUUUCCUUGCUUUCCUCUCUCUUUGCUCAUAUCCUCAAAUCCGGAUUCCAAAGUAGUAUCUUGGUGUCGACCGCCGUAGUCGACGCCUUUGCAAAGUGCUCAGAUAUCGGUUCGGCAUGUAAGGUGUUCGAUGGAAUGCCCGAGAGAGAUGUCGUUGCUUGGAAUGCGAUGCUUUCCGGGUACUCACGUAACGGGCAUGCGGAUGCCGCGUUGGAUCUGUUUCGUGAGAUGGGUCUUUACGGCGAGAAGCCCAAUUCACUUACGCUCUCCGUUUUGCUUCAGGUUAGCAGCGGCAGUGAUGAUAAGAGGAUUGGGAGGUCCAUUCAUGGUUACGUUGUUCGGCAUUGCGAGCUUGGUGAUGUUUUCUUGGGGAAUUCCCUUCUUGUUUAUUACAAUAAGGUUGGGGAUGUUCAUGUUUCGGAGAGGCUUUUUGAUAGGAUGGGGGAAAGGAAUGUUGUAUCUUGGAAUGCUAUGAUAGCUGGGUAUACCCAAAAUGGGCUUGUUUGUGGAGCUUUAGAAGCUUUUCACUUGUUGAGGGACGGAGGAUUGAAUCCGGAUAUUGUGGCCCUUGAAACCACUUUACAAGCUUGUGCUCAGUUAGGAGAGGAUGCUAUUGAUGAUGGCAAGUUGAUCCAUACUUUAAUAAUUAAGUCAGGGUGUUUUGUGGAUGUUUAUGCUAUGAAUUCUCUGCUUUUGGUGUACUGCAGAUGCGGGAAGAUGGAUUCUGCACAGUCAUUGUUCGAUGAAAUGGUGGCAAGGAAUAUUGUCUCUUGGAACAUUCUUGUCGAUGGGUAUGUUCGGAUGAAAUGCCCAGAGAAAGCUCUAGCACUUAUUAGGUGCUCACGUUUAACUGAAUCGGCACUAAGUUCUGAGUUGUUGGUUAGUUCUUUGCAAGCCGUAAGGCUUUUGUGUGGGCAUGUGGAACUUGUUGAGUCUAUUCAUUGCCUUGCUAUAGCAAUGGGACUUGAUUCUGAUAAAUUUGUGGGCACCUCGCUUCUCACUGCUUAUGGUGAUUGCGGCGAAAUUGGAUAUGCCCGCAAAUUCUUUGACCAUGUUCUCUGUAAAAUGCGCAAAGAAACUUUUCUCUGGAAUAUCAUGCUUUCUAUAUGUUCGCAUAAUGGAUGUUUCUCGGAGGGUUUUGAACUCUUACGCUCUAUGCAGUGCAAAGGUUGCCCUUUGGAUGCCGUUACACUUGUGAAUGGUCUAUCUAUCUGCACGCAAUCACAAAAUUUUUUUUCUGGCAAAGCCAUUCAUGGCUAUGUGUUGAGAAAUAAGUUUGAAGUGGUUAUUUUUGCUACGACUUCACUGUUGGAAUUUUACAUUAGUUUGGGGCUUUUAAAUGUUGCUUGCCAUUUGUUUUCAACAAUGCAGUAUCGAAAUAUAGUGACAUGGAACACAAUGAUACAUGGUUGUCUUCAGAAUGGCUUCCCGAGAUUGACAUUGAAGCUUUUCCAUUUUAUGCAACAAAAGGAUGGUUUUGUGCCAGAUUCAACAUCUAUUGCAGGAGUUAUCGAGGCCAUUGCUCUAAGAGGACAAAAGGAAGAAAGAAAAUUUAUCCAUCAGUAUGUGCUUGAAUCAGGUUUUGUCGAUGAUGAGUUCGUUGCUAAUUCUCUAAUAGCUAUGCAUUCAAGGUUUCAUGAAUUCGAUGAGGCAAGCUCAGUAUUCAGUAAAGCUAGCAAUCAGGGAACAAUUGCAUGGAAUAAUAUGAUAGCUGGGUACUCUUAUCAUGGCCUUAUAGAAAACGCUCUAUCACUUUUUCGUCUGAUGAAGCUUAAUAAUGUGGAUGCUGAUUCAGUUACUCUUCUCACCCUCCUCCAGGCCUGUAGAAAAGUCUCUUCUUUGAGCUAUUUAAUGAGGGUUCACGCAUUCAUAUCGAAACUUGGGUUUGAAUCUGAUGUUCUUAUUGGAUCUUCUGUGGUAAAUUUGUAUGCUAAAUGUGGUGAAUUGAGAACAGCUCGUCAGUUUUUUGAUGGUAUGAACUCCAAAACAGUGGUGUCAUGGAAUUCAAUGAUCCAAGGCUAUGGUCUACAUGGAAAUGUAGAGGUAGCCGGCGAACUCUUUGUUAAAAUGCAAAAAUCUGGCUUAACCCCUACUGCGAUCACUUUUCUCAUUCUUAUUUCAGCUUGUAGCCAUGCUGGUGAUAUAGAGAAGGGCCAGCAAUUCUUUAAUCUGAUGACUAGCACUUACUCAUUGGCACUAAGUAGAGAGCAUGUUUCAUCUAUUAUUGAUCUUCUUGGGCGCAACGGAUUAGUUGAGGAGGCACAUGAAACUUUGAUGAAAAUGCCAGUGAACCUGGGGGUUCAUUCUUGGGGUGCUUUACUCUCAGCAUGUCGAGUUCAUGGUAACUUUGACGUUGGAUUUGAUGUAGCGGAAAACCUAUCUAAACUGAACAGCUUAAACUGUGGGUACCGUGUUUUACUGUCGAAUAUGCGUGCGGAGGCGGGGAGAUGGUUAGAUGCAUCUUUGAUUAGAAAUAAAUAUAGCAGUUUGACACUCCAAAAGGUGCAUGGUGUGAGCAUUGUGGAUAGUUUCUCAUGACUUGAGAAACCCACGCAACAUUAGGCCUCAUCAUUCUUAAAAUCAACAAAAAUCGGCAUGAUGAUGGACAGGUCGUCUCAUUUCUGAAAGUACCAGUAGUCCAGGAGAUUUUGAAUGACUCUAAAACCAAUAAAUGGAAGUCGCUUGCUCUAUAUUGGUCUACAAUAACUCUGGUGGUUUCUUCUCUCCAAUAAAGGAGACAAGGCAACAGUGCCCGUUCUUGUACUUGGUGUUAGCAUACUGUGUGUGUUCUUACAUAAGCCUGCAAGAUACAAACAAAUAUUCAGAUCCAAGUUUUGUGGGGAUGCAACAACUAACAAACAUUUAUAAAACAGAUGAUCUAUCAAUAGUGGACAAGCUUCUAUUGACGAAAUUACUGCUGCUUUGAAAAGAAUUAUUGAUUGGUACAGUCCUAAAGCCAGCCAUCAAGUUAAUCUGCAAAAAUCAUUAGCGAAUUUUUCAAGACUCAGCUCCUGCAGCAAAGAAACUUGAAAUCUCAUCUUUUAUUUGGACGCAGGAGAUUGAUAAAGAGGCUCAGUACUCAGGAUGUCUCCCCUUGGGAGUUGACCAAUUGUGGAUCACUGAUAUACAAGAAACAAUCAGGAAGAACAAACCUGCCAUGCCAAAGGGACAAGACAUUCGUUCGGAGAUGUGCGGUUGAUGCAAUUCCGGUACGUGCUGUUCUGCACCAAAGUUUACUAUUAGGGGUGUAGACGGUUUGGUCCCAAACCGAAAACCAAACUGAACCAAACCAAAUAAGAUUAUUUGAUUCAAUUCUUAUGGUUUUUGAUUCGGUUCGGUUUUGAAAUUUACUAAAAUUCAGCUUUGGUUUGAUUUGGUUUUAACACAUUUCUUAACCGACAAUCCGAACCGAAAAUCGAAUAGUAAUACUUUGUACACUUUUAUCUAUAAUAUUUAUUAAAAUUUUGUACUGUU